AUGGUUACCAGUGAACCCGACGUUGAACACGAAUUUCGUUCUCGGUACGAACACUAUAUACUUUCAUCAAAAGUGAUCAUAGUUGUUUGUGAUGUAGUCAUGGCAUUAACAAUCAUUGUAGGACUGGUAGGAAAUGUUUGUAUAUGUGUGUGUAUAUGGAAAAAUAAACACCUCCGGACGUACAUCAACAUUAAUUUGGUGAGUUCCUGUGUUGCUAACAUAAUUGGGUGCACCUGCCUGCUUCCAAUUCGAAUACAGCUAUACACAGGCUAUACCAUGUUUUCCUCUGUUCAGAUUAUGUGCGGAAUCGGAACAUUCUUCCGAACAUUUGUGGAUACCAUGCAGUUUUUUAUGCUUGCUAUGGCUAGUUUUGAACGUUACCAGGCCGUUGCUAAUCCAUUCAAAAAAGUAGGUCUUCGAAAAAGGUCGACAGUUUUAGUAAUAACAUCAUGGACGUUUGCAGUGUCUUUAGGUGUCUUCUCGGCAAUAAUGUUCAUCGAUAGUUCUCUUUAUGUUCCUUGUUAUUUUUUAGACGGUGCUCCUAAUUGGACGGAAUAUGACCAGUAUUUGAUAUUUCCUCUAGGUAUGACGUUACUGUGUGUGAUUAUAGUAUUUUAUGCUCUAAUCCUAAAAACUCUGUUCAAACAUUCUGUAAAGAUGUCCCGGCAUAAAAAUAAAAGAAAGGUCGCACCGGAUCAACUUAAUAUAAACAGCGAAAACGCCAGCGUGUCAUUUGUAGGAAAUAAUAAUAUGAAAGGAAGUACAGGCAGCUCUCAGAUGUUCAACGUGUCGUCACAAAAUGGGAGCGAUCAGAAAGAUUCAACGGAUUCAAAAAAUCCGACACCUACCUCAAUGACAUUAAAUGUUCCAGGGAAAAGCAACACAAACACUAAUAGAACAAAGGAAACUACUGUGCAUGAUCAAAUGUCAACAUCUAAAGCAAUAAGUACGUCUUCGUCCUUACAGGACAGUACAAUACAAGUUGUGGAAAUGGAUGGUACCGUGAAAAUGGCAAAACGCAACGACGAGACCGUCGUGGGCGCUGUGUGUCUUAUGAACAAUAAGAACAGAGAAAAUGGACGUAGAAGAGUGGAAUUAAAAGCUUCAAAGAAAAUCGCCAUUUUAUUUGGAACAUUUACAUGCUGUUUCAUUCCACUUCCCGUUUACGUUGUUAGUAAAAGCAUAACUGGUAACAUAGUGCUUUCAUAUUCCAUGUUUUGUAUAUUAGUAGCAUUAGCUACACUUGGCAGUUCCGUAAUAGCAAUAAAUCCUGUUCUUUAUGCGCUUCUCAAUCGCCCACUUAACUCAGCAAUGAAGCGUCUGCUUCACUUUGAUCGAAUUAUCUGUCAGUGGAAAGCGUCGUAA